AGUGUUUUUUUUUGUAUGUUUAAAACAAAGCAACACAUCAUAUAUUAUAUCAUAGAGAUUAAAAAGGAGGAAUGGUUUUCUUACCAGAAUUGUAAGCAAACUAUACAACCUUCCCUUUCAUCACCAUCAUCAUUAUCCCUUCAUCAAGUCUUCUCUCUUUUCUCUCUCUAUUAUAAAAACAAACUUCACUCGUUCACAUCAAUUAAUCGAGCCUCGAGAAAGAUUAAGAGAAAACUCAACAAAAACAAAAUGAGGAAACCAGAGGUAGCAGCAGUUGCAGCCACUCAUCAAGUACAGAAGACGAAGAAGGGACUUUGGUCUCCAGAGGAAGACUCAAAGCUGAUGCAAUAUAUGAUAAGCAAUGGGCAAGGAUGUUGGAGCGAUGUCGCUAAAAACGCAGGCCUUCAGCGAUGCGGCAAAAGCUGCCGUCUUCGUUGGAUCAACUAUCUUCGCCCUGACCUUAAGCGUGGCGCUUUCUCUCCUCAUGAAGAGGAUCUCAUCAUUCGUUUUCAUUCCAUUCUCGGCAACAGGUGGUCUCAGAUUGCAGCACGAUUGCCUGGUCGGACCGACAAUGAGAUCAAGAAUUUUUGGAACUCAACAAUAAAGAAAAGGCUAAAGAAGAUGUCUGAUACAUCCAACCUCGUCAACAACUCAUCCUCAUCACCCAACGCAAGCGAUUCGUCUUCAAAUUCGUCCUCUUCUUUGGAGUUUAAAGACAUUAUAGGAAGCUUCAUGUCCUUUCAAGAACAGGGAUUCAUCAACCCCUCUUUGACCAACAUACCAACAACCAACAAUCUAUUCACAACGCCACACAUGUUCAGCCACUCGUUUAAUGAAGAUUUCACCCCUUGUGUAGAUGGUUUAUAUGGAGUUAACACAGGGCUACAAGGGGAACUCUACCCACCUUUGGAAUGUGAAGAAGGUGAUUGGUACAAGGCAGAAAUUAACAACCAUUUAGACGAUGUGAACACUAAUGGAGCCGGAAACGUGCCAGAGAGUAUGAGAAUGGAAGAAUGUUGGGACCUUGACCAGUUGAUGAACACUGAGGUUCCUUCUUUUUACUUCAACUUCAACUUCAAACAGAACAUAUGAAUUUCUACGCCAUCUUAUUCUUUUUCUGCUGCGGAAUUAUAUAUACUCAAGAUUCUUAGCCACACAUAAAUGCAAAUAUAUAUAUACAUGUUGUAGAUAGAUGAAAAGUUAGAAAGUCUUUUGUAAUGAUUAAUGUAAUACAUAUGAUACAUCUCUUAAUAAAAUAAGCAAUAAACACA